UGUACGUAAUAACAAUGGCCGAUCGGCAACCCGGAAACGCAUUCAUAUGGCGGCUCCAGAACAACCGCCGUCCGUCGUCAGCUCAGGCGGUUGGAUUAAUGGCACUAUCUAUAUCAGGCGGAAUUCUCCUCUUACUAACGGGUAUCACAAUGACUGCAACAGUCUUAGCCAUAAUUUUAUUCUCUCCUUUUCUGUUCAUAACGAGCCCGAUCUGGGUUCCUUUUGCUGCACUCACGUUCUUCGUUGUCGCCGGAUUUCUAUCCAUGUUCGGCUUCGGAGUGGUGGCGGUGGCGGCAUUGGCAUGGGUUUAUAGGUACUAUAGGGGGUUUAAUCCGCCCGGUUCGGACCGGAUCGAUUAUGCGAGAAGCAGGAUUGCUGAUACGGCUACACAUGUCAAAGAUUAUGCUAGGGAAUAUGGUGGGUAUUUGCAGACUAAGGUUAAAGACGCGGCACCCGGCGCAUGA